GGGUUCAGUUCAGGUUCAGCGGCGGGGACGGGUGCCACUGGUAUGGCCUCCGGCAGCAGCGCCCGGGAGUCGGGCCCAACGGGGGCUGACAAGUCCUGCGUGCUGUGCUGCCAGGAGCUGGAGAUCUUCGCCGUGGGCAAGUGUGACCACCCAGUGUGUUACCGCUGCUCCACCAAGAUGCGGGCCUUGUGUGGCCAGAGGUACUGCGCUGUGUGUCGGCUUGAACUCGACAAGGUUGUAUUUAUGAAAAAAGUUGUUCCGUUUUCAACAAUAGUAACACAUCAGUUCCAUCAUGAAAAGAAAUUUGAUAUAUAUAUUGCUGAUGGGAGGAUUCAUGCCCAAUUUAGGAAGCUUCUGCAACAUGAUUGCCCUGUAUGUUCUGAGUCAAGACCAUUUAAUACUUUUGAAGACCUAGAACAUCACAUGAGAAAGCAGCAUGAGAUGUUCAGCUGUAAGCUUUGUGUAAGACACCUCCAGAUUUUUACCUAUGAGCGCAAGUGGUAUAAUCGGAAAGAUCUUGCACGCCAUAGAAUGCAUGGUGACCCAGAUGAUACUUCACAUCGUGGGCAUCCUUUGUGCAAGUUCUGUGAUGAUCGCUAUCUGGAUAAUGAUGAACUGUUGAAACAUUUAAGAAGGGACCACUAUUUCUGUCACUUCUGUGAUUCUGAUGGUGCUCAAGAAUAUUAUAGUGAUUAUGAUUAUCUUCGUGAUCAUUUCCGUGAGAAGCACUAUCUGUGUGAGGAGGGGCGUUGUAACACUGAGCAAUUUACUCAUGCUUUUCGCUCAGAAAUUGAUUACAAAGCGCACAAAGCUACCUUUCAUAGCAAAAAUAGAGCAGAGGCCCGACAAAAUAGACAGAUAGAUCUCCAAUUUAACUAUAUUCAUCGACACCCAAGGCGAAAUGAAGGCAUGGUGAGUGGAGAGGAUUAUGAAGAAGUGGAUAGAUUGAAUAGAAGGGGUGGCCAAAACAGAGGACAAAACCGCAGAGGCAGAUGGAAGUACACCAGGGAGGAGGAAGAUCGGGAUGUUGCUGCCGCUGUUCGUGCAUCUAUAGCAGCACAAAGACAAGAGGAAAAGAAGCAAGCAGCUUUGAAAAAAGAAACCGAUGAUAGUAAAAAUAACCAGAGUGAAAGGGAGAUGGAUGAAACUUGUAAUGUGAAAAAUGUGGUUCGGACAUCCAAUGAAAUAUCAGGCACCAAAGAGGCUGUUAAAGGUUCUUCAAAACAAGAAAAUCUCCAAACAGUGGCCACGACUGCUGUGUCUAACCCAAGUUCUAAUCAUUUAGUUCCUGUUGGUUUAAAUGAAGAUGAAUUUCCAAGCCUAUCUGCUACAGCACAUGUCAGUACCACAGGCCUUACUCCAACUUAUACUUCUGCAGCCAAGAAAAAUACCACUUUUCAGGAGGAGGACUUUCCUGCCCUUGUGUCUAAAAUUAAACAACAAAAACCAUCUACAGCUACAUCUGGAUCUGCGUGGACCACUGCUUCCGGCAAAAGUAGUUUUAAAACUGCCCAUUCCAGUGGCAGCAGUUCUAAUCAGACUGUUAAAAAAUCUUUAUCAACUCACGGUGCAAAAGCAAAAACUAAAGCUGCUUUAAAGUCUGAUAAUGAGGAAGAGGAUGAUGGCAGUGGUUUGACAACUCAAGAGUUCAGAAGUGCACCGACAAUGCUAGAUAUUUCUUCUUUGUUAACAACUUCAGCGCAGACUGUUUGUAAAGUUGGUAAAAAGAAAAAGAUAGGGGGUGAGAAACAAAAUUCUUUUCCUGCUCUGGGUAGUGAUACUGUAAUAAAUAAAGCUCAAAAGGAGAACGUUCCAGAAACUAAACAGAGUGCACCUGUUUCCAGUGUAUUGAAUGGUCACAUUGACAAACUAUGUCCUGAAAGUGCAAGUUUAUGUACACUAAAGGAACCACCGGGUUUUAAGAAAAUUGAUGAUGAUCCAGGUCCUUUACAUGAAGAAGAUUUUCCUGCGCUUGGGAAUGCAGCUAUAACAAAAAUGCCACCUCCAGGUUUUAACAACUUAUUACCAGUGAAGAGCCCACCAUCCAACCUUCCUCCUCCACCAGGAUUGACUGCCCCUGUUAGUAAACCCCCUCCUGGCUUUACUGGUGUCCCUCUGAAUUCAAACAUCAGCGAGCCUAUGAUUCCAGCACCAAAACAAUCAUCAAAUGUUUAUCUCCUUCCUGAGAACUUUAAGCAGAGGAAUGUUGAACUAAUUCAAUCAAUAAAUACGAUUUUGCACAAUGAUGAAACAAAAUUCAACAAAUUCAAAACACAGUCUGGACAAUUCAGACAGGGUCGGAUUUCUGCUGCAGACUAUUAUAGGAGUUGCAGAGAACUUCUGGGAGAAAAUUUCUUGAAAAUAUUCAAUGAACUGUUGGUUUUGCUGCCGGAUACAGCCAAGCAGCAGGAACUUCUUUCUGCUCAUAAGGACUUAAGAGAGAAGCAAGGUUCAAACAAAUCAAAAAAGAACAAGAAAAAUGCAUGGCAAACCACCAUGAAUUCUGAUUUUGACUACCAGGUGUGUCCCACAUGUCAACAAGUGCUGACUCAGAAAGACUUUGCCACCCACAAGGCUUCACAUUUUGAGGAUGAUGAGUUUCCCACUCUCCAGUCUGUGAGCCGAAUCAUCAGUUAAUAAUCAAGCCGAAUACUCAAGAUCCAAGGGAAAACCUAUUUGACCAUAUAGAGUAAUGGUGCAUGUAGAUGAUGUUGCUGUUUACAGGCAUGCAUUGCUUUAAAGGGAAACAUAGGAGAAAUGUAGUAUAGUAUGUAGCUGAGAGGAAGGAAGCGAUGUGUGUUUUAGGGAAGUAUUAUUACAGUAUCUAAACCUGCUGCUAUACUGUAGAAAGAAAAAGGUGAUGUCAUUUCACAUUAUUGAAUGUUUUUGAAACUACUUUCUACAUUUUGCAAACAUCAGUGCUGAAGGAGGGACUGGGCAAAAUAUGUCCUUUGUUCCUUUUGCAUUUGAAAUUAGCUUUUGAAGCAUCAAAACUUUGCAAAUGUUUUGCAUUAACAAAAUUGGACGUCAAAACAAAGUGAAUGUAAUUGAAAUUGACCCUAUAAUUAAUGUAAAAUAUAACAUUGCAAGUACUUUGAUUUGCACGCAGCAUGCUGCAGUAUCUUUUCCUACUCCUGUAAUGAUUGCUGAGUUUCCCAAUUGACAGUCCAAUUUAAAAUCUGGAGUAAAAUACAAAGGUUUAGAAGUUAGAGUUAAAUGCAGGAAAUUGCUUUGCUAUAAUCCAAUUUUCCUAGUUUAAAUUGGUCGCUAACAAGCUGCCCUACAGAAUGACUAUUUCUCUAUAUUUAAAUAGCAGGUCGUGCCACCAAAGUAAUGAAUUAAUUUUGGUUCCAUUAUUGUAAGCUGCAUUGUGAAAUGGCAAUAAUAUUUAGGCUCGUGGGCCUUUUAAAACUUCAUGUCUUUUGUUGUGAAGUUCAAUGAGCUAAAAAUAGUAGUGACUAUGUUGAUGAGAACUGUUGUGAGACAAUAAUAUAAACAUGUCAGUGUGGCUCUCAUCUUAUUUAUUAAGUGCUAUGAAAUGAAGCCUUGCCAUUUUGGCUUCAGAAAAUUAUUCUGAAUAAGUGACGCAGACAGUGUCAUUCUGAAAACCUUUCUGAUGUUAUGGUAAGGAAUUUUUUUUUUGCAACUUAAUUUGAUUGUUGUGUGUAUUGUUACACGAAGAGUUCGAUCAAGAUGGCACUUAUUCAUUGUCACCUAAAAGAUUUUAGUGCAGUGGUUGAUUUUAAAUGAAAAUUUAAGGCGGCACGUGUCUCUUUAUGUCCACGUCUGCUAGCAGUCACUUCAUUGUCACUUUUUUUCUAUUUCUAUAUCCCAUUCAUACUCCAUGAACAUCACCUGGCCUUCUCUAUUUGGUUACUGUUCAUAAUUGACAACAGGCUGUUGUGGUAGGGCACGUCACUGCAUAGUUCAAUACAUUUCUCCUCUCACUGUCUCUUGUCGACUCCUCUUGUAACUACUUCUGAAAUAAUUAGAAGCUAGAUUGUUUCUCUUAUUCUGUUGCAGUCCUGUGACCCAUUAUGGUGUCCCUACUGUUGGCUUGACUAGGAUCAGUUUAGCCAGAACAUAGUGGUGUGACUUUCUUGGUCUAAAUGCUAGUUGCACUCUCUGGAAACUCACUGACUCAUCAUUUGAGUUUUUCAAUAGCUUUUAAACAAACUCAUUCACAGCCUACUUGGUUAGGCAGUUUCUAACAUGGUAGCUCUACCCAACUAACCAUGACAGAAUUAUCCUUGUAUUUCAGUGAUCAAUAUUUCACUCUGGUUGGAUGAGUAGAUGUUUAUUUGGUAGCUUAUUGGCUAGUUUACGCACCAUAUUCUUUAUUGAUCUUACCACUGAAUAACCAUGAUAGACAGUGAUUUGUUUUGUUUUAAUUCUUUGACCAGGAGUACACAUAUUCAACAUAGUUUGAAAAGGGUUAUGUAUGCUGCAUAAUGUGGUGCUUAAUGGUUUUAAAUUUGGGGCUACCUAAGAAUUCUGUAUUCUAUUUCUUUAAAAAAAAGUUGGAAUAUGAAAUGAGCAGUUAACAACUUGCAUAAUGAGAAUGGGGACAGUAUGUGAAAUAUUUCUCAUGCUGAUCUUGCACAUUCAUUGGGUGAUCUUUGUUUUGAAGCAUUUAACCGCAGUUGGUAUUCUGGUAAAGUAACCUGAGCCUGUGUAUUUGAGUUGUAACCACUUCAAUUGUGAUCGGAGUCACUGAAUGGCCCAGUAAUAAAAUGGCAUCACAUUAAGUCACAAUAACUAACAAUCAUCACUGAUUAUUGCUUAUUCUGAUAUUCUGUUUGCAUUUGGAUUAAGCACCAAUGUGGUGCUGAAAUUAAUUGAAUGUCCAAGUUAAUGGAAUAAUUUAAAGAACUAAACAUGUGUGAAUAUUCAUUAAUAUUAGCAUAACUUUGGGUUCAGAGUUGAUAGAUGUUGUCUUGAACAAAUACUGUUUGAGCAUUAAACUUGGAGGUCCAGUUUUCUUUUUGUUUUUGAAAUACUAAAGUAAAUAAAUAGACUAAAUAAAAGGCUUAAAUGCAUAAAUGUAAAUUUAAAAGUUUAGAAUGUAUGUGAUGAAAGGGGGUAUAAAUGAAAUUGAGUGCAGAUAACCACAUUGCAUUUUCAAUCUGGGCUGCAGUAGUAUUAAUGUUGAGACAUAUCUAGGCAAUUUCUCGAGCUUAGAGUUGUGAUUCUGUAGGCAACUGAUAACAUUUAAAGAUAUACAGUAUCUGAGCAAUUUGUUUAUUUUUGGUGCAAAGUAUCAACAUGCUUUCUGAGCUUUCACAAACUAACCUAAUUAGCUUUCUGUUCAGUAGUCAAUUUGAAUUAAUUGUACUUUUUUAAAAGAAAAAAUUAGCCUCCAAGCUAAGAUGAUAUGCGGGAUGUACUCUGCAUUGUUAGUUUAAUCGACUUGAACCAUGUUACGCUCCAGUUAUUGGAACAUGGAGUACCUGUACAUUUUAUUGCAUUUGGUUCUACAUUUGUACCUGUAUCACUGAAAUAUUUAUACCCUUACAAUUCCUGCAUUCAGUGAAUGUUUGGCUGAGCACUAAUAAGAGUAAGUUUGUCUCAAAAGAACCAUAUACAGUAUGUCCUGGAAUCUUUGAAGGGUGCCAAUAAAAAAAAUUAUGCAGUAAAGAGUUUGAUCAAAGCUGCAUUUUUACACUUCUGUUUCCAACAUUAUAAGGACAAUAUUCACAAACAAAACCAAUUUGGUACAUGCUAUUUAUAAUCACUCAGUGCAACUUGCAUUUAUUAUAGAAUAUUUAAUGUAGAAAAGUUUCCCAGUGCUGUUCUGUUCUUACUGUGAUGUGUGAUUUAGAUGUGUUUUGUUACUUCCCAUCAAACUUCUUUUAAUGUGAAAUGCCAGUGAUUGAACAAUCUGUUCCCUAAUGACUUAAACCCAAAGAUUUGUAUGCAUUCCGUUGGUGGUGUCGUGUCAUCUGUAAUGUUUUCUAUACUCAUC